ACCUUUCAUUACCGCCAAAAGUUUAUCCAGAGCGUCGGUCUUCCUGAUGCAGUUAAUGUCGGAGCGACCGUGAAACCAUAACCACAUCGCCUUCAUCACCAUCGUCAUUCUCUCUCUCUCUCUCUCUGCUGCGAGAAUCACUCGUGUGCAGAGCUGCACUUCCCUUCCUAUGACUUUCAGCCAUUGCCCCACCGCUGGUCUCUGCGCGAACCCCUCGGUUCGCUGCCUUCUCCUCAACAGCGCCCCCGCCCUUCUUCGCCCGGUGCCUCCGACCCCAUUCGUCACCCGCAAACCCCUCGCCCCGCAACUUCAUCACCCUCUUUCUCAUUCCUUCGACUCCGCGAAACUGUUCCCCGGGAGGAAGCGCCCCGGGCGGUGUCGCCGUCGCCGCCGUCUGUUUCCCAGCGCUUCUUCUUCUUUGGAGCUCCCUCUCCUCCCUUUCAACACGAGCGAGGUACUUGUUCCCUCCGAGAGUAAAGUACUCCAUUUAUAUGAGGCUAGAUAUUUAGCCCUGCUGGAGGAGUCUUUGUCAAGGAAGAAUCUCUUUGUGCAUUUCGUUCUCGAGCCCAUAUUUAUGCCUGGUUCAUCGGAUGGGACAUCAUUUGCGGCUAAAUAUGGUUGCCUGGUUUUGAUAGAGAAAGUUGAACAGCUAGAUGUUGGAGCCCUAGUUUCUAUACGAGGAGUUGGCCGUGUCAAGCUUCUGAACUUUGUACAGGCAGAACCUUUUUUGAAAGGUCUAGUCAAACCAGUGCAGGACUCAGUUGCUGAAAAUCCUAGCGAGACAAGCUCAAAAGUGGAUCAAUUAAAGGAGUCUCUUUGCAAUUUAAUUAAGCUAGAAAUUAAACUCAAGGCUCCCAAGGAGGCACUCUUGCAAACACAUACAGCAAACUCUUUAAGGUGGGCUGAAAACACACCAUCAGUAGGGUGUGAAGAGAGUUUCAUUCCUUCAUUGGCUGAGCGAGUUUCCUUUGCAGCCCUGCAGCCCGUGUCAGGAUCCACUGAAUCGGAGCUGCUCAAGCUGCAACUGGAGAAGUUAAGAGCAAUGGACAUUAAAGAAACACUUGAGAGGCUAGAAGACUCACUAGUGUUAGUGAAAGAGAACAUUUCAAUUGUUGCAGCGAAGCUUGCUAUCCAGUCUCUCGGGAUGUAGAAAGUUAAAUACCUUUCAACAGGCCCUUCUUGGUGUCCUAAUAGAGGAGAGCAGCGAUAAAUUGAUGUUGAGAGCUAUUUAUAUUUUGACAUCAGCAUCGUAUAUGGAAUGAUAAAGUGCUUGUGUUCAUAUGACACAACACGAUGCUUGGCAGUCCAAAAGCCAGACAUGGUUCGACCAACUUUCACGAAUUCAUUCAUAGUGAACUUCCGGCAGAGGCGGAAUGGCCAACCCUUUUCAUGCUUUAUAGUUUCGACCUAAUUAACAAGAUGAAAAGAGUUUGUAACACUUUGAUGUUGCGAGAUAGGGAAGGAUUCGGGAUUCCAGGA